CGUUUGUUUGCAGUCCCCCCCUAUAUCUUCCUGUCCAGAUGUGCGCUCUGAGUUACAGACAACUCGGUUUGAGAGAAGACUGUCACUUCUCGGAUCUGUGCAUCCAACGCAACAGCAGAAAUGAAUGCAAAAUAUGUUUUUGCACUGAUCUUGGUGCUGCAGGUCUCUAUGAGCCUGUGUGCACUUCCCGAACCAUCGCCAGAAAUGGUUGAGUUAUAUAACACCCACAAAGCCACAUUCAUGAAGAGACUGAUGAAUUUUUACAACAAAGUGCACGCUGCUGCCACUCCCGUUGUGGAGGGCUUACGUGACAAUGAGCGUUCACAGGAUGUCAGGGAAUUUGCUGAAAAUCUGCAGAGCAAGCCUGAGUACCAAGCCUUUGUGAAAGUUGCCUCUGCUAUCGGUCAGGAAGCAAUUCCCUUAGUGGACAGGGCUCGUACAGCAGCACUGGGUGUCUAUGAACACUACCUGCGGCCCCACAUUGGCAUCACCCUGGGCAGGGGCAUUGACCACGCUAAAUCAGUCCUGGACGAAGUCCUGCCCGCUGAGUAAAGAAGACCAACUGGAGCAAACUGCCUCUCAGCAGCCCUUGUUAGAUGAUAGGUCAUAGUAACUACACCGGAGAAGAAGAAUACAAAUACUAUUCUUUGCCUCUUUUAAAUCAAAAUACUUGUCCAAUCAUGCAGAGUUAAAACCAUGAAAAACAUGUCAACACCACAUAUGCAAAUUGUGCAUGUACAGUAUUUUAUGUUUGAAACACUAACCAGAGUUUGUGUGUGACUGUGUAUGUAAUGUGGGCGUGUUCAAUAAAAUGAAGUGAAAACUCUGUGAAA